UGUCGAUUCGAUGAUGAAUUGAAAUUUGAAAGCUUGGUAUUACAAGAAUUUCAUUAGUUUACAUAUGGCUGCCGGCGUCGUCAUACAGCAACAUGACUUGAGAAAAAUAAAUCGAGGCUGAUUAUUUCGUCAGAAAGCUCAUUCGCAUUUACGCUGGCGACAGGUGAAUAUUGUAGUAUCAUUCGCUAUUGCUGAUAUCAUCUAGGUUAUAAUCAUUUACGAUGAAUUCAUUCAUGCGAAUGAUGUGCGUGAAAGGAAUGUCCAGCAUCGGAAGUUUGUCAAGCGAUUGUGGAUAUGCAGAAUCAGCUAUGAUUGACAUGCAAUUGUCGACCGAGAGCUUAGACCUGCUGGACGGAUCACCUUAUCAAACGGAGAUUGCCUUUAACAAGCUUCUACCUUACUCUGAUAAACUUGAUGAAGAAGCUGAUAAUUUACUUGCUUAUAUUAAGGAAAAUCUUGGGAGAUGUGUUAUAACGAGAGAUAUCAAUCCUGGCUGUGUUUAUUGGUCUCAAAUGCUAACAGAAUAUAUUCUGCUGUAUGGUCUAAGAUUUACUAAAGAAGAACAUGUAGUGCUUGUUAAAUUGAUGUAUGAGUUAAUGACAAUUCCAAAGUUGAACUCCACUUAUGUAUCAAAUUUUGGAUCAAUUUUAGCCAUUUUAUUAAAGAAAAAAGAAGUACUUUCUCCAGAUGAUCUACAAUUACCAUGGAAACCUUUAUUUGACCUCUGUACAGAUGCAUUUUUGCAAAAAUAUAAAUUAAAACGCGAUGAUCCAUCUCUAGUAAGCACCUUGGAAGGUUUGAUUAAAGACAUCAGUCCUUAUUUUCCACCAAGUGCUACUCAAGAAAUUUUAGAUGAAUUAAUGCCAAAGCUGUGUCCACUUGAUGCGCAAUCUAUAAAUCAAAUAUUUAGAGCUUUCAGCUUCCUACCAGUGCAAUUACAUCCAAAAUAUCAUUCCAUUGGACAUGAGUUAUGGCUUAAUGAAUUUAUGAAACUCUGGAAAGUCUACCACAAUCAAUCUCUAUGGGAGUAUGACCUUAUGAAAUUAAUUGUCAGAUUGGCCUGGAACAAUAUUGGUUACAUUGACUGGAAUCCAUACAUACCGAUGAUGUUCACAAAGUUCUUUCGUGCCCUGAACUUACCAUGUUACUACAAGAAAAUUCCAAGUGCUUCUUACCUUAGUAUAGAAUCACGUUCUGUAAGCCAGUGGAUAGCAUCAGUUCUGGGUGGCAAUUCAUGUGCACAAACUUACUUGGAUAAAUUGCUAAAAUCUGUAGAAACUUACUUGCAUCCAGCUAAUCAAGGUCCGUGGGUAGAUAGUCUACAAGAUUGGUUCUUUCAACUCUGUUUUUUUUUCGUUCGACGAAUUCAUAAAGAGCGGUUCUCCAAGCCAACUUGGUUUACUCCAAUUCCUGACAGUCACAAAUUGAGCGAUGCAAACAUCGACGCUUUCGUUGAUAGCAUGAUGCCUGUGGCGAUGAUCGCCGUGUUCAACAAUAGAUGUUCUGUUGCGUUUUUUAAUAUCAUUAAGUACUUAGCGAUUCUACGUCCUAACAAGAUUAUUUUUAAUUUACUCGAGAAAUUCUCGCCGACAAUUGGAACUCAAAUUGAAGAACAUAAGGCAACUUUUGCUAUGAACAGUAUGGUUGCUAUAGCUCGACCAUUAAUUCAAGGAUCAAGUUACUUCAGUAAAGAACACGCGUUUGUUGACGGACCAUCACAUGCUUUAUCAAUUCUUUUCUCAUGUCUGGCGAAUAUCGAUCCAAAUGACACGUCGAAGUGCUUGCACACCUUCAAGUUGAUAACUACCUACGUCAAUCAAAUUCCCGUGGUCGACUGUUCGCAAUCUCGCGGAGAAAAGACAGAAGAUGAACGUCUUGUCUGCGAAGAGACUUCGCGUUUCGAAGACUUCGUCUUACAACUGAUGGAUAAACUAUUUACGUUGAUCGACUCGAGUGCUUUAGAAUCGGUUCGUUUGGAAGGUCAACCAAGCGACAGGAAGAAAAAUCCCUUGGAAACGAUGAUGGAGCAUUCGGUGUUUGCGUUAUUCAAGAGUCUUCUGUUGCAGAUGAGUGAUGCGAUUUUUAGUAGCGCACUUAACAAAUUACGUCAUUUCAUUGAGGAUAGUAGUUUGGAGACCAAAGUUGCUGGUCAACUGGUCGCUUAUCUUUGUUAUGCGUUCGGUCGUGUGAAUGCGCAAGCGACUAUGCGAGCUUUUGUACCAUAUCUCAAUGAAAAAAUUCUCGAUGCUCUCGGUGACGGUGAUGAUGUACUCAAAGAAGAAAAUCUUGAUAAUAAGCUACUUUAUCAUCUGUUAUUACUUCAAGAAACUCUGUCGACACAAGGUGAUGCUUUGUUGCCUUAUAUGGACAUGAUCAUCAAAGUUCUUGACAAGGUGAUAAAAUUCAAAUCACUCGAGGGCCAACAACUCGCUGUUUUGAUGCUCAAAAAUGUUUUGGAUUCGCUGUGUUCCGUAAGAUGUUUGAAGAUGGAGAGGAACCUUGACGAUCUGAAUUAUCCAUACUGGAGUGAAUGGGGUGAAAGUGUCGAGAUCAAUACCGCCGAAAUAAGAUGGUACAUGCCUGGCGAACAAGAAAUCACUGCUGCCGAAAUGUUGUUCAAACGUUAUUUUUUACCUGCUGUCGCUCAUAUCCAGAGUUACAUUCAGGCAAACAAGAGCGAUGGACAAUUACGGGAUGAGCUGCAGAGAAAUCUACGGAUAAUAAACAAAGUCUUGGUUGGUUGUAAAGCGGUUUUUCCAAAUUGGUCGGAGCCAGCUUUGUUAAAUGAACCGUAUCAGUCUUGUACUGUCAAUUUCUUACCGAAUAUUGGCAAUAAAUAUGAAAUAAAUAUGCCUGAUCGCACAAAUGUCAGACAGUUUCUUGUACACCUGGUCACAUCACUUCAGGAGAUGAUUCUACAGAACGUUCAAGAUGAUAUUAAAAGUCUUAUACUUAUCGCUUAUAUCUUGGAUGAACUUUCAAUGAACAGAGCAAAAGCUUUGAUAAAUUUAAAUUCACACCGUCGUUACUUCAGAGCGCAAAAGGCGUCGCUCGAAAACAAAAUUACUGGUGAUAAGGGUUAUUUCCCAACCAUCUUGCUUACUCGUGUGGAAAUUCAGCACGCUCUACGUAAUGUACAAAGCGCGCGUUCUUUCACUGCAACGAGCAAGAACAUCGUUAUGAAUUUAUUCAAACUAAGUAUCAGUCAGUACAGUGCUAUUCGUUCAUUAGCCCAAACGAUUCUAUUGGACGUGAUGAACGAUUAUCCUAAUGCAUAUCAAUUUAUUACUGACGAGAUCAUUGAAGUGUUUGAUAGAGAUACCGAAACUCAUCAUGAUGCUUAUAAAGGUGCUUUAUAUCUGCUUAACAAAAUAAGCAAGAAUCUAUUAAAAGUGGGCGAUUGGCAAAUGUUUAAUAAGUUACUUCCAGCUUUUGUGUUAGCCAAGCCGUCUGAAAAGCUAACGGUUAUCGCACAGCAAACGCUAGCCGUUCAAGUGUUCAUGAAAUGUUACAAUACAAUUAAUAUUAAGCUUGAAGUCCCGAAUAGUUGUAUAGAAGCAGCUUCUAAAUUAUGGACUUGCGGUGUGCAGCCGAUUUCUCCGCCACCUACGGAGCAACAAAUUCAAUUGGGUAUUGAAACUUUACGCAUACGUGGCGAAGAAAAUCUGAAGCUCUAUUAUGAUACUCUGGACAAACUGUUGAACGCCAUUCUUGAAAAGAAUCUCCACUGGCGACAUCGUCAGACCGCUAUGAGUUUCAUCGAGAAUCUUAUAGAUCCUGAUCACCCAUUACCCACCUCGGUUGUACGUUACUUCCUCAAUGCUCUCAUCUGCGAGUCUAUCGACGAAAGGAAGCUUGCUUGGCAAGUGGUACCUGCUAUUCUAUAUCAGCUUAAAAAAGAGCAUCCAAAAGUACAAAUAGAAACUCCAAAACAAGUUGAAAAGGGUUGGAACCCAGGACCGAGAGCAGACAACGCCUGGCUGCAGUACAACCGCGACAAAUUGCCAAGAACCGCGAAAGAAUGGGACGAGCCUCGUUACCUUCACAAAAAUUAUGUCGGUUACUACGCUUGGUCUAAAAAACUCGAAGUUUAUGCUCCAUCUAGUCAACAACCGAACCUCGACAAAAACACUCGUGAAUGGAACGAUCAGGAAAAGGAGAUCGAUUAUUUCUUCAGUGAUCAACAAAAUGUUGACAAACUUAUCGCUUUCAACACUCUUGAGGAGAAGAAAGGUCGCGAUUUCUUCAAUAUCAAUCGUUGUUCGAUCUUCAAAGGUAUUGCUAUAAACCACGGUGACGCUCAUUUGGCCAAUUUCUUGCCACACUUGGAACGAAUGGUUCAGGAUAAACAAGAAAGUAUGCAACGUUGCGCGACUGAGAUAAUUUGCGGGUAUAUUCGAGGUGCCAAGCACUGGAAUUUCCAGAUGACCGAAAAUCUUUGGAAACAUUUUGUGCCAAUCAUUAAAGUGGCAUUGAGUAAUAUCACCGACGAGACUAUGAUGGAUUGGUUUAUAUGCUUCAGUUAUGCAUUUCAAAAUAGAGAUCCAUCGAGGAUGCAUUGGUUGGUCGAAUGUCUCAUGGAAGAGUCUGAACUUGCACAGUCCGAAGUUUCCUUUGUUGAAUGCGCUAGGUUACAGGUACUUAGGGGUGCUAUUUGCCAGCAGAUUUGGCGGCUCAGCGAGUUGCUAAAAAGAUUAAUCCACAGGAUAGAAAGUCGACUAUUGGAUUGUCCGUACGAUAACGUAAGAGAUCGCUUGGCAUCAAUGCUCGUUAUGAUUUUCAACGUCAACAUGAAGUUUAAUAAAAAUCAAACGAGUAUUUAUCCAGAGAUUCAAGACUUUGUAGACAAGGUUUACCCACGUUUGGAACCAAUGUUAACAAUCGACGAUCGCAAAUCGGAAAAAUGCGUGAAACCUUUACGUCUUUUAAAAACCGUAUGUACGUGGGUGUGUCGAAGUGUGCAAGGUUCUCAUUUUGGCGCGAUACCCAGUUUUUACAAACUCUAUCCGUUGAUCAGUCAAUUGGAAAAUGAAGAACAAAACGAGGAAUUAGCUGCCGCGUGUUCAAAGACAUUAGCUACACUUGGAUCCGCUAUCAUACUGCCCGAGUAUGUGCCUUUUGCUUUACAGACGUUGAGCAAGUGCUCGAAAAGCUCAUCGUGGUCAGUUCGAGCUGGCUCCAUAGAAUUCCUUCAGGUUUUAUUAUUCCAUAAUAUGAGUACCUUACUCAGUGAUAAAGCAUGGAUCACUGAGAUAAGAGUUGUACUAAUGCGACUGAUCAAGGAUGAGAGAGUUGAAGUUAGAGAAACUGCUGCGCAGAUUCUGAAUGGCAUGUUGCAUUGCACCCUUAUCGAAGAUCACGAGACACUUUUGGAGGACUUUAAGAAGUUGGCAAAAACUAAGUUACGCAGCAGAAAAGCUGAAUCGUCGAGUUGUGCGACUAAUGCGAUUUAUUUGCGUCAUGCUGGUGUGCUCGGCAUGUGUGCCUUUAUACAAGCACAUCCAUACGAUGUUCCUGAGAUAAUUCCACCUAUUUUUGAGCAUCUGAGUAAUCAUCUCACUGAUCCAGAACCCAUUCCCACUACGAUACGCAAAACCCUGAAUGACUUCAAGCGCACGCAUUGCGAUGGCUGGACAGGUCUACAAGGCUUGGCAGAGAGCUUAACGCCGGAACAGUUCGCAUUACUGCAAGAUCUGACAGUGCCGCCGUCUUAUUACGCUUAAUUUUUACUGAAAGAAAAAAGAAGUAAAUUAAGAAUACCACUUUGUAUAGAAGAGGUUUUUUUUAUAUUGUUUUACUUUGCACUUACUUAAGCGCUCAGAGUGUUUUUAAUUAUGUGAUAGAGAUUAUUCUAAAUAAGGUGCUUGAAAUUCGUAUUGGUUAAUUAUUGAUGGUUAUUUAUUGUAUGUUAGUAUUUUUCUACUUAUCAAUA